AUGGCGAGCGGCGGCGGCUACUACUCGCCGUACUACCAGCCGGCAGCGCCGUACUACUACAACUACAACUACCCGCAGCAGCGAGUACGCGGCGGCGGCGGGCAGUCGUCGUCGGUGUACGCCUUCAUCCUCCUCGUCACGGUCUCCUUCAUCACGGCCACCACGCUCUACACGUGGUGUGAGUCGGCGAUGGAGAGCCUGGUCGACCAGCUCCGGCGCCUCCUCAUCCUGUCCCCGCUGAUAGUCAUCAUAGCGGUGCAGCUCUGGGUGGCGACCGGCGGCGGAGGGGACGGCGUCAUGAGCCUCCUCGCGGAGAUGGUGACGGGGGACAAGUACGGCUGCGCCGGCGGCGCAGGAUCGUCGUCGCCGUGGGGCGUGGCGCUGGCGCUCGUGCUCGUGCUCUUCUUGGUCUCACUAUUUGGACAGACGGGGGACAGGUACGGCGCCGGCGGCGCAGCAGGGUCGUCGUCGCUGUGGGGCGUGGCGCUCGUGCUCGUGCUCUUCUUGGUCUCACUAUUUGGACGGUGA